GUUAAGAAAAAUUUUCAGCACACAAAUGUGUCAUUUCCUUUCUUCAUGGACCAGAUGCUGAAAUACUAUGUGAUAAAGAUUUUAGGUCUCAACUGUAAAGAGAGGGAAGUGGAUAAAUCAGUGCUGCUGUCUUUAGGACAAACGCUAAACAGUUGUUUUCUGUCACUUGGGAAAAGAUAAUUUUUUUUAGAAGUAUGGAACAGUGGAAUAGCUUUCUUGAUCAACAGGAUGACACUGAUAACUGCUCGGAAUCUGUGAAGUUCGAUGCCCGCUCCAUGACAGCCUUGCUUCCUCUGUAUCCUAAAAAUGGCCCUACGCUUCCAGAGAAACUGAAGUCCUUCAAAGCUGCACUGAUUGUCCUUUAUCUUCUUGUGUUUGUAGUUCUCAUACCCGUCAUCGGAGUAAUGGCAGCACAGCUCCUGAAGAGGGAAAUGAUGAAUUGCACAGUUGGUUCAAUUAAUGCAAACGAAAUAUCUCAAAGUCUCACAGGAAAAGGAAAUGACAGUGAAGAUGAGAUGAGAUUUCAAGAAGCUGUUAUGGAACAAAUGAGCAACAUGGAGAAGAGAAUCCAAUAUAUUUCAGAUACAGAAGCCAACCUCAUAGAUUCAGAGCAUUUCCAAAAUUUUAGUCUGGUGACUGAUCAAAGAUUUAAUGAUGUUCUUCUCCAGCUGAGUACCUUGGUUUCCUCAGUUCAGGGACACGGAAAUGUGAUAGAUGAAAUCUCCAAGUCGUUACUAAGUCUGAAUACCACAUUGCUUGAUUUGCAGCUCAGAAUCAAGACACUGAAUGGCAGAGUCCAAGACAAUACAUUUAAACAGCAAGAGGACAUGAGUAGAUUAGAGGAGCGUGUGUACAAUGCAUCAGCAGAAAUUAUGUCUAUGAAAGAAAAACAAGUGAAUUUGGAACAGGAAAUAAAAGGAGAAGUGAAAGUACUGAAUAACAUCACUAAUGAUCUCAGACUGAAAGAUUGGGAACACUCUCAGACAUUGAAAAAUAUCACUUUAAUUCAAGGUCCUCCUGGACCCCCCGGUGAAAAAGGAGAUAGAGGUCCUGCUGGAGAAAGUGGUCCGCGAGGCAUUCCAGGUGUAGUAGGUCCUCCAGGUCUUAAAGGUGAUCGGGGAGCAAUUGGCUUUUCUGGACCUCGAGGAUUUCCAGGGCCGCCGGGGAAGACUGGGAGGACAGGAAAUCCUGGACCAAAAGGCCAGAAGGGGGACAAAGGGAGUGGAAGCAUACUAACUCCGUUUAAGACAGUACGACUGGUUGGUGGUAAAGUUCCUCAUGAGGGCAGAGUGGAGAUUUUCCACAAUGGCCAGUGGGGCACAGUCUGUGAUGACCACUGGGAACUACGAGGCGGACAGGUCAUCUGUAGGAGUUUGGGAUACCAUGGUGUUCAAACUGUACAUAAAGGAGCUUACUUUGGACAAGGUACUGGUCCAAUUUGGUUGAAUGAAGUAUUUUGUUUUGGGAGAGAAUCAUCUAUUGAAGACUGUACAAUUAGACAGUGGGGUGUGAGAGGCUGUUCACACGCUGAAGAUGCUGGAGUCACUUGCACUUUAUAAUGUAUCCUAUUUUCUUUUGCCUUUAUGAAUCAUUGUUGCAAAAUGAUUUUAUUAUUUUGCUCCAUUAAAAGCAGUUCAGUGAAUAAUUAAGAGAUUAGGAAUCUUGUCUAAGGAAAAGGAAUAUUUUGAAAAACACUGGAUAAAAUUUCAUGCUUGCCAUAUAUCUAUAUUUGAACCAUUUCAACCUCUUUGGGUUUCUAAAUGGAAUUUCUAAUAUAAUGACAUACAUCAAAUGGAGCAGACUGCAGUUUAAAGCUUCUAGAUUACAGAUGCCAGUGAUAAUGGAAACACCUUCUAAUCAUUGGCUUCAGUUGAUCUCUUCACAGGAUGACAGUUUUUGUCAUUUUUGUCUUCUUUGUAAUCUAUUUAAUGGUUUUUAAUUUAAUUACUUUAAUAAUGAGAGGAUUGGGAAGAACUUUGGGAUUUUUUGUUUGUUUUGUUUUUUGUGCCAAGUUUGUGAAAUCUCUAACCAUACACAUUUUUUGAGGAAACAUUUUAUCUGGCCAUCGAGAUCUCUGAAUGUGCAGUGACUUGGCUGUUAGGUAGAAAUGCUCAUGAUAUAUUCUGGACAUGAUGAAAAACUUAGCAGGAGAUUUCACAUGGUCAGUAAUAACAUGAUGAUUAAGAAAAACAACGUGGUUAUUUUACAUGGUCAUGUAUUGACAGUUUUUGUUUGUUUUUACUGAACCAUAAGUUAGAAAAAGCAGUGCAUCUGAGAAAAGGCACAAAACACUAUAUGUGUCUUGAUAAUUGGUGGAUCAAAAAUGUUAUUUCAACAUGGAGCUCAGUUGGAUGUGCAUUUUAAAUUAAGUUGAAUAGUUGUUAUCUUUCUAGGAGACUGUGUUUAAAAUGUAAAUACACUUUCAAAUGUAAAUUACUCCGCUUUAAAUUACAGCAUGCAAAUGUCUUGAGCACAGAAGCUAGUGUCAACUACCCUUCUUUGGAGUCUUUCAUGAAGUCCACCAACAAUUACAACCAGAAAGAGACAGAAAGAAAAAGAAAGAGAGAUCUGCAGCCCUCAAGGGUCAGUGACCCUAAGCAUGCCAAAACAGUACCUUACCAAUGGUCAGCCCAUCACCAGGGUAUAUCUUAGAGUGUGGAAGGCCACCUGGAACCCAGUGCCUGUCCCUGGCUGUCUAGGUAUACAGGCAGAAAGACCAGUGAUUGCUGUUGGAGCCCAAUCGAAUAUAAUCUAGCCCAGAGAAGAAUAUACUUUUCAAGUUUCCUAAGGCCAACCCAGAGGGGCAUGUGAUUAGAAAGUAGUACUAGUCUGAAAUGGCUCUACUCUUCUUUCUUUCAUGAUGAUAAGCAAAAACAUGGGCUUAUGUGUUUUUUUCAACUUCUGAAGUCUCACUUCACAAAUAGUAACCAGAGAGUAGAUUCCCUGCCUCUCACUUGCAAAGGCAAAAAUGUUCUCUUGAAAUUGGAACUAUUGGAAAUGGUCUGCUGAAGAUGCCCUUUUAUCAUGUUACAUUCUUCUGCUUGUUAAACAUGAGUGAUAUUCUCCAGUGCAAUUUUGUGACUAAGAGAAUGGACUCACAAUCUAGACAAACUGUCUCUAAACCCUGGCUCUACAUUCAGCUGGUUAUUAAUUCCUUGGGCUCAGUUGCACUGUCUGGGUAUUUCCUUCAUAUGGUAAACAAGAUAGUAUUAAAAAGAAUACUUUGCAGGGACACCUGGGUGGUUCAGUCCAUUAAGCAUCUGCCUUUGGCUCAGGUCAUGAUCCCAGGGUCCUGGGAUCAAGUCAUGCAUUGGCUCCUUGCUCAGCAGGGAGCCUGCUUCUCCCUCUGCCUGCUGCUCCCCCUACUUAUGCUCUCUCUCUCUGACAAAUAAAAUCUUUAAAAAAUUAAAAAUAGAAAGAAUCCAUUGCAUAUCAGCCUAUAUGAGAUGUCUGGGAUCAGUGCCUAUGGGUUGCACGUGCUGUAUUGAUGUAGGCUAUAUGGAUACUGAUUUUCCACCUAUAUACAGACAUUUGUGUCUUUAAAACCAAUAAAGCCCUUUUUGUAAUUGA